AUGAGCAAUUAUCACAUAGAUUGUGAGAGGCUAUCAAACGCUCAUUCUCUCAAAUGCCAAGCUACAAAGAACGGAAAGAUUGUCUCCAAAGACAUUGAACUCAACAUAAGAUAUGUGGAGACAAAAGCAAUGGCCCACGCUGACCACUACUUCUUCUCCUGCUCCAUGCACCAUUUCGACCACCAACCAGUCCCCACCUACUGGACCAACUCAGCUGGCAAGUUCUACUAUCCUACCAAAGAGGAGGUGGUCAGUGACCAUGUCGAGACGAUGACAGAUCUGUGGAACAGCAAAGAGGGCAAAGGUCUUAUCACUCUCAAGUACAACUCAAUGACGAUAACCUCCGAUCUGGUCUACACGUGUAAAGUGGAUGUGACCUCGCCUAAGAAGGAGACCAUCACCACCAUAGCUAAAAUAGAUCAUAUCACCGUGUCCGUACCGUCCAGCAAGGUCUACGUACACACCGGAGAAUCUGUAACUCUCACUGCUACCUUCGGUGGUCUGGUUGCUGAUUACAGUGACAAUAUCGUCUGGUCUAUCGAUGAUGCCAAGUACACCAAAGCUGUGGGAAGUGAGGCUGUAACAGUUCAGACGGUGUACAGCAGUAACAGUGUGGUGACCAAGCUCAUUAUCACAAACUACAAACUGGGAGAUAAGGAUGUGGUGGUGAUGGUGGACAGGAGCGAUGUCAGCCCUGCUGGAGCUAAAACUACUCUCCACGUGGAUCAGUUCGACAUAACGUUUGAUAACGCGUACUCUACAAGCUCGGGUAGUGACGUGUCGGUUACGUGUCUGGUGAGUAAUAACAAGGCUAAUCCGGACAGCAUUGCUAUAACCGGACCUACAACCUUCACUUCUACUCAGACAACCGGAAAUUUCAAUGCCGGGUCCUUCAAGAAGGUGUCAGGGGACGGUACUAUGGAAUGUGCUGUUAAGUACGGUACCUACCAAGCUAAAGUAGAGCGGAAGAUAGAGCUGAUAUCUAUCAUAGUGUCUGAUCAGAAGUGGAACACGGCUGGAGACACGGUCUUCACUGCAACCAUCAGCGAUUGUUCCUUUAACUUGGUAGCUGAUAUUAACUGGUAUAUCAACGACCUGAAACUAACGACAGGCAUCAGUAACAGUUACAAGACAGGUCAGAAGGUGGAGAGUAUCCUGGUGAUAAAAGGAGUUCAGUCUGAUGGAACUGUUAAGAUCAGGGUGGGUUCUGAUCACGCCGGUAGCGGGUCUGCAACUAAAGCUCUCGAGUAUUACUACACGAAGAUAGAGAAGGUACGAGUUGAGAAGGGUAGUACAGCAACAGUAACCUGUAAGCUUGUCUCCUACACCGGCACCGCACUCACUAAACUAGAAGUAACAGCAACAGACGGCACCACCAACAAGAACAACGUGGUUACAACUUCCACCGCCAGGGAGGUUACUCUCCAGAUUGAUAAUGUUAGCAAGAAGUGGACCACUUCCUGUUUAGCCACCGUUAACGGGGUCACGUUCACUGACUCCUCCCUUAUAUCCCAGUAUACGUUCACACUGAAGUUGAACAAUGCGGCUACAUCAGCUACUAACUGGGUUGAUUUGAACCAAGCCAGCACUAUGGAGUGUGAGGUUACUGGUAGUGAUGACGCUAUUUCUGAUGCUCCGGAAUGGUUUAAAUCGUCAACCAAGGUAUCAACAGGAAUAACAACCACCAGCAACACCAAAACAUCCCUGUCAGUCAACAUUCCGGAGGACUCUUCCUUCACCUGCACAUUCCACUUUUCCAAGAACGACUGGGUCAGGAAGUAUUUCACCCUGGUGACCAAGGGCUGUAAAACUCCCAGCGUUGCUCACGGAGGAUACACGCCAGUAAGUGAGCUAAGUAAAGUAGCUCCUGGUGCCGUGCUGUCUGUGUCCUGUACCAACACCACCAAAUACCAACUCCAAGGAAACAGUGCUCUUACCUGUGGGAACACAAGGGACGGGGAUACCAACUACUAUGCUUACAACACAGAUAUCCCCACCUGCAAGUUCAUGGGUGACUGUACCGACAUUACCGCUCUCUUUGAAUCUGGAACUAUUUCCCCCGCCACCCCCUUCUUCAACGACCAGCUGUACACAUUUACGUGUAACUCUGGGCACAGACUGGACGGACAGGAGAAGAUAUCCUGCCACAAUGACAACUGGCAGCACACCAGGCCAACGUGCAGCGCUAUAGUGGACGCCUGUGGGACCGAACAUUGGGGUAAAGCGUACGCUGACUUCUCAGGUCCCUACGUGAAGGGGGACAAGGUUCAUGUCUACUGCAGCAGUGGUUACACCAACACCGGCACUGGAACUCUAGAGUGUGGAGAGAAAGGCUGGGAUAAAACAGCAGAGUGUGUCAAGAAGCAGAGCAAUCAGUGCGCCAGUAUCGCCGUGACCAGCGGUGCUAUGGUUUGUAAGAAUGCUAAGAGCGAGGUGGUUACCAGCUAUACAGCGGGAGUCACGUGCGAGAUAGCUUGUGAAACCGGUUACCGAACAGUGGGAAAUACUGAUCCGAUAGAGUGCAAGUCUACGGGAGUAUGGGAUCGUAACUCGUACCCGUCGUGUGCCGCCUACCAACCACCCACCCACCGCGACCUACAAGUCUCCCUCUCCUUCUCCACCUCGUACUGUGCCAGUGAAACUGAGCAGAAAAAGAUGCAGACUGCUGUCUCUACUUCUCUUACUGAUGUUAAGCAAAUAUCGUGUCUGAAGAACAAAAAGUGCGAAAUAACCCACUUCACCUGUGCUAAGGACGGUGACAAGUCUUUCAAGGUGACGUUGAAAUUGAACCAGAUUGCGGACAUGUCUAACACAGCAAUACUGACUGAUUCAGCUACAGAGAUCACAGCAGCUAAAGAUACCCUCAGUUUCACUAUCACUUCUGCCAAGAAAAAGAGGAGUGUUAUCCAGGGCCUAAAGAUUCAGAAGAGAGGAACUACUCUAACAUUCAGUCCCAGUGCUGUGACAAAAGCAGCCCAAACCUCCACCUGUGCUUCCAAUACAUUCUUAGAGAACAAUCUCUGUGUGGCGUGCCCUGGAGGAUACUAUCUAAAGAGUGGAGCUUGUGAGGCUUGUGCUGUCGGCACAUACAAUCCGUCUGCUGGUGCCAUCAAGUGUCUCGCAUGUACCGCCCCUGAAACUACUCUGGCAAUGGGUUCAAAUGCAGAGACGCAGUGUACGAAGACUUGCGAAGUUCCUCAAGUGGACAACGUUAACACCACCACCAUUCCUAUGGGAAGUAAGAUAGAAGCAGGAGCGGUGGUGUACUACACGUGUGAUGACAAGUACACUAUAGCUCACUCUUCUGUGUACACCUGUGCGCCUGGUCACGAGCACCAGAUCAUACCCAAGUGUGAAAGUGAAAACAAGACGAUUAUGUGGAUAUUAAUCGCAGUAUGCGGGGGUAUUUUCAUCUUAGCUCUGUUCUUAUUGGUCUGCUUCUGCUGUGCCAUCAAGACAAGAAAAAAAGAUGACAACACCAAUAGUAGUAUUAGUGAGGCUGAUAACGAUAAUUACAUCUUAGAGAACAAAUACUCAUCAGCAGAAUACAGUCCUAGAGCUCAAGAAAACUCCAAAGUGUAAACAUGAUAUCAUCAUGGUGUCAUGUGAUCCAUAAAUUAAAGGAUUUUUCAUUGGAUGGGAUUUUAACGUUAUUUUAAAAGAAAGAUUAACGCCACGUAGCUGUUACAGACGUAACAUUUACACAAAAUUUCAGAUCAACGUUUUGAAAAUUUAUUAGAUAUUUCCUAGCGUUUUUUAGUUUUCCAACUCAUCAAAAAUAUAGCACGAAUGAGUAAUACUAAUAGUACGAAGAAGACGUGGGUAUCACUCAUUGUAUUUGAUAGCUGCACUGAUUAAUAUAAUUGAAUAGAAUAGUACUACCACCAUAAUUUGAAGAUUUGAGUGACCAUCAAUUUUCAAUAGACAACAUUAUUUUCAAGUGACCAUAUUUCAUAUUUUCCCCGGGCGAUGAAACUUUUGAUACCGCCAAUUUGUCCACAAAUUUUGUAUUGUUUUAUGUAAUCGACC